CUCUUUUCUUUCACAGUAACAAUAAUCAUGGGAAAGAAAAAGACAGCCGUUUUUCGUAAAGCGCCAGCAAAACAGCAGGAUGUUAACAAUAGUAAAAUCAAUGCCAUCAAUACCUGGGACGAUAUUGAACAUGAUUCAGAAGACGAAUUUCAUGAUUCUCGAGGUGAAAUAUUAUUAGAUGCUGAACCUGAACAAGAAGAAGAAAGCGAAAAUGAAAUCUAUGGUUUAGACGGACUCGAUCAAGCUGAUUCAUCAUCUGAAGAAGACGACGAGGAUGAUGAAGAAGAAGAAGAAAUCGAAGAAACAACAUGGGGUACCUCCAAAAAGGCUUAUUACAAUGCAGACGAAGGAUCGGAUUUAGAUGAAAUGCGUGAAGAAGAAGAAGAAGCAUUAAAGAUCCAGAAACAACGACUGGCUGAAUUGGAUGAAGCUGAUUUUGUGGACGAUACUUUACCUGGAUGGGGAAUUGGUGCUGAAGCAAAUAAGGAAGCUGAUAGACAAUUAGUUGACACUGUUACAAAAGAAUUGGAUGAUAUCUCAUUUGAUGUGUCAUCGUCUGUAGCUACUCGUCGCAAAAAUCUUCCUGUGGCUGAAAAAAUUAAAAUUCUUCAAAAUGAAUCACCAGAAUUACUUGAUUUAUUGAACGAAUUCAAGGAUAAGAAUGAAACUUUGAAUGAUUUGACUGAUUUGAUCAACCGCAUCAAAGAAAAUGGAAAACAAGAUCAAGAAGCUGCCAAAUUUAUUAUCUUCCAACACCAACUCCUGAUGAAUUACUUGACCAAUAUCUCCUUCUAUUUCACUCUUAAAGCCUCUGGUACAAACGAUAUUCGAAAUCAUCCAGUCAUUGCAGUAUUGGUGGAAUUGCGUGGGGCUAUUGAAAAAAUGCACAAAUUAGAAACCAAGCUCGGAUCUCAACUUGAAGAAUUCAUUCAAUCAGUAGACAAACCAAUCAGCAUCAAAAAACCUACAGCAAAUGGUCUCAAGGAUAAACACAACAACAAUAAGAAAACGAUGGCGAAUCAAUCCAGUGAGGAAGAAGAAGAAGAUGAUGAUGGUUUGGAUCUUUACAAUGAAACUCUCUUGGAUGAUGCCGAUGAAGAAGAGGAUCAAGACCUUACUCCUCAUGAUAUUGAACAAGAAUUCAAGAGUCUUAAGAAUCAAGUCAAAAAACGAAAACGUACUACAGCUGAAAAUGACUUUGCUGAUCUGGAUGUUAUGGAACUAGUCGAUAUGGAAGACAAAUUGGCCAAAAAACGAUCCAUUCGAGAUUAUGUUGCCAAGAUUGAAACGAAACAAGCAAGAUUACAAUCGAAAUACCAAGGUGAUUCAGAUCUACCAUACAAGGAGAGAACACAACGACAAAAGAAAGGUGUGGCUCAACCUCAAGGACCAUCAGCGGAUUUGGAUGAUCAAGAUUGGGAUGAGCAGGAUAUGCAAGAUGCUACAGGGGAUGAUGAUUAUGUCAAUGUGGUGAAGGAAAAGGCUUCAAGGAAGGCGAUGAAACAAGCAGCAUAUGAUGCCACACGAGCUCCAUUGAUAGAUAGUGAUUAUAAGGUGGAAGAUGGGGACAAACGACUGGCAUCUUACCAAAUUCUCAAGAACAAGGGCUUGACUCCACAUCGCAAGAAGGAAAACCGAAAUGGUCGUGUCAAGAAGAGACAUCAAUAUGAACAAAAGAUGAAGAAGUUUGCCAAUGUACGACAAGUGGCUAAACCAUUGACUGGUACUUAUGGUGGUGAAACAACUGGUAUCAAAUCUCACGUCUCUCGUAGUAUCAAGCUUUAGAUUAUAUAUAUUGAUAUAUUUAGUUGUUUUUUUUUGUUUUACAUCUUGUAUUCUAUUCCCCCCUCGUUCCCCUUCAUUUUAUUCAUAUGUAUCCUACCUCC